AUGUGGACGCUGGCGUUAGGUGGGGUUUUCCUGGCCACUGCCCAGGCCUGUGUCCUCUGCCACCUCUCGGCCCGUGACUUGUCGGCCCGCCUGGCUCAACUCUGCAGCCGAGUGGAGGUUCUGUGGAAGGAUUGUGGGACCUCCUGGAGCUUCCCGGCCUUUGCCUUAGAUGAGGCAUCCAUGAACAAAGUCAUAGAGAAGACUCACAGAGUCCUGAGGGUCAUGGAGAUCAAAGGGUCUCUCUCCUCUCUCCCCUUGUAUUGGCGUUGGCUGCAAAACACCAAGCUCCCCGCUUACACCAGGGAAGCUCUCUGCGCGCCCGCCUGCCGGGGCAGCACCAUCCUGUAUAACUGUUCCACCUGCCAGGAAUUCAAGGUGCGCUGCUGGCCCCGAAAGCGCUGCCUCCCAGGAAGUCACGAUCUUUGGGAAGCCAAGAUUCUGCUCCUCUCUGUCUUGGUAGCUGCCCUGCUGCUGGGUGUUAUGAGCCUCGUGGUGGAGUCCAGUUACAUCGAAGCAGAAAGGACAAGUGAAGACCCGGACAGCCUCCCAGCCUCCUCCAGUUCUAAAGACCACGAUGAAUCCACUUCCCUCGGAGAGGAUCAGCCAGCCCCUUAGUUCCAAUCCCCAAGGUUCAGCCUUCCAGACCCCGAAGCCCAGACGUCCCCACGGUCCCAGUGUCAGAGAGCUGCCAGGGACCCAGGUUCCAGCAGCUGGGAAGCUCCUCUCCCCCCCCCCGCCCCGCCCCCAGCCUUCAACUAAUCAGACAGGAGUAGUCACUGGUUCCAGGAAAAUAUCUACAGAAGGAAAGAAUCCCCUCCGCACCCCCUCCCUCCUGUUCUCGGAAAGCGGGGGCGCCUGCCCCACAAACUCCUCUAGGCCCUCUUGUGACUGAUUGGGAAUCCGGGAAUGAGUGUUUUGGAAAACUCCCUCCCUUUAGAGUUGAGACCACAUCAGUCAGCCUGCUGGCAGGCUAUCCCUCCAUUUAACAUUGUGAAGCCUUGGCCUCCCACAGAGGCGUCCCUCCUGCCAAGGCCAAGUAAACCUGUUGUCAA